CCUUUCGGACUCGCGCACGCACCGGUCUCCCCGGGGGUUCUGGCCCGCGGGUUGGAGUCGCCUCUGCGUCCUCGACCACAGCGGUGAGCGGCGCGUCCCCGCGAGCGAGGCUGCGCGACCCGAAAAGAGGGAGAGAUGCCGAAAAAAAAGACUGGUGCGAGGAAGAAGGCAGAGAACCGUCGAGAACGCGAGAAGCAACUCAGGGCGUCUAGAGGCACUGUAGACUUAGCCAAGCACCCAUGCAAUGCUUCCAUGGAAUGUGACAAGUGUCAGAGGCGGCAGAAGAACAGAGCAUUUUGCUACUUUUGUAAUUCUGUUCAGAAGUUACCAAUUUGUGCACAGUGUGGAAAAACAAAGUGUAUGAUGAAGUCUUCAGACUGCGUCAUCAAGCAUGCUGGUGUGUACAGUACAGGCCUUGCUAUGGUGGGUGCAAUAUGUGACUUCUGUGAAGCUUGGGUGUGCCAUGGGCGGAAGUGUCUUAGCACCCAUGCCUGUGCCUGUCCACUCACUGAUGCAGAGUGUGUGGAAUGUGAGCGAGGGGUAUGGGACCAUGGAGGCAGAAUAUUCAGCUGUUCUUUUUGCCAUAAUUUUCUCUGUGAAGAUGACCAGUUUGAACAUCAAGCCAGCUGCCAAGUCCUAGAAGCAGAAACGUUUAAAUGUGGUUCCUGCAAUCGCCUUGGCCAGCAUUCGUGCCUCCGGUGUAAGGCUUGUUUCUGUGAUGAACAUACAAGGAGCAAGGUGUUUAAGCAAGAAAAAGGGAAACAACCUCCUUGCCCUAAGUGUGGACACGAAACGCAGGAGACAAAGGACCUCAGCAUGUCAACACGCUCCCUGAAGUUUGGCAGGCAGACUGGAGGAGAGGAGGGAGACGGUGCUUACUGGAGGAGCCUGUCGUCUGACAAGUACGGAGAUACUGCGUACCAUGAGGAGGAUGAGGAGGACGAAGCAGAGGAUGAUGAAGAGGAAGAAGAUGGGAAGGACUCAGAUGCCGAGUCAUCAGAUCUGUUCACUGGUUUGAACUUAGGAAGGACCUAUGCCAGCGGCUAUGCUCACUACGAGGAGCAGGACUAG